GCUUCAAUUUCACAGAUUCCUUUUGAAAUCAAUGCAGGCAUUCUCACUGGAUUUUAACUUAAGAUCACACAUGAAAACACACUCCCAGGAGAACUAUCAUAUCUGCCCGUAUCCAGAAUGUGGAAAGCGAUAUGCACAUGAGUACAAACUUAAAAAUCAUAUUUCAUCUACUCACCAGAAGAACAACACACCAGAUGCACAUGCACAUACACAUGCACCAAAGUAUACCCCGCCUGUGGAGAAGCCAGUGAAGACUCCGAAAUCUUCUUCAGCAGCUUAUGGCUCAUCAUCAUCCGACCGCCCUUAUAGCUGUCCAUACGAAGGUUGUGACAAAUCUUACAUCCAUGAAUACAAGCUGAAUCUUCAUUUAAGGAACAUGCACCCUGGUCAUUUCCCAGAGGAGAAUGCGAGAAAUGUUCAAUCCACUGCUGACAAUGAGAUGGAUGAAGGCAGUGAUCAGGAUGCAUAUGCUGCAAGACGUGGAAACGGAAGAAUUCAGAAACAGAGCAGACCAAAACCAAGCUUAAAGCAGCCACCUUUAAAAGUUGCACGCAAAAGCUCAUCUAGUGCUGCUCAAGUCAAUCUAAGUAUAUCGAAGAAACCUUGGCCGAUUAAAGAAGAGAACUUCAAUGAAGAAGAUAGUGAAGAAACAGAAGAGGAGCGAGAUGAUGUUGGGGAUGGAUGGAGGUAUGGUGAAAACGAUGACGACGAUGAAGAGACUGAAGAAGAUGACUAGGCUUAUAUUUCAUACAUACUCAUAGGUAGUUAAGUAGUAGUAUGUUUUGGGAUAAAUGGUUGUCACUGUCUAGAAAAUGGGAUUGGACUUUGCUUAUUAAUGCCUUUUUGUGUUUUAUGAAAAGCAUGAGGUUUUAGCUGUUUCCUAAA